AUGGCCGCCGCUGAGAAAAAAGCCGCCAUUCUGUCGCUACGGAGGACGCUGAAUGCAAUUCAUCAGCGUGCCUCAAAACUUUUGAUUUUGGCGAGCUCGUUUAAAGAUGAAGAUACGUUGAUUCUCAAAACUCGUGAGCAAGUUUUAAAAGAGAUGCUAAUGACCUUUUUUGAGCCCGGAAGCAGGCUGUACGGGAUGGUAAAGGAUGAUGAAGUGUCGUCUCUUGAGAUGGAGGGUGAAGAAUUUUACGAUUUGUUGAGCGAAAUUAAGUACCAAAUUACGAAACGCUUAAAGCCCCUACCCGUCGCCCCAGAAGCUAGACCCUCUCUUGAUGCAAGUUUCGCCCAAAAGCCGUAUCCCGAUUCUUGCAUAAAACUACCGGAUUUUUCGUUGCCGCGAUUUAGUGGCCAUUACGAACAGUGGUUGUAUUUUCGCAGUCAGUUCAAUCUCCUUGUCCGUCGUAAUGACUCGUUAAACGAUCAACAGCGGUUGCAUUAUUUGCGGUCAUGUUUGUCUGGGGAAGCUGCUACUAUUGAGACGCCCGAAGAAAUGUUCGCAUCUUUGUGGAUGGCAUUGGAGGCACGUUACGAAAAUCGUCGAUGGUUAGUUGACCGCCAUCUUGCAGAAAGUUUUCUGCUCAAGCCACUCCAAUUUGAAUCAUCUACCGGGUUACGAGAGUUGGUUAACAUUGUGCAGAAAAAUCUCAGAGCGUUGUCGUCGUUAAAAUUGCCUCUCGAUACUCUUUCCGAGUCUAUGAUAGUACAUGUAGUUGCGUCUCGGCUUGACAAGCAGACACAUAAGGAUUUCGAAUCGCAUGUGGUAGGUACCAACCUAGUAAAAUGGCAAGAAAUGGUCGACUUUUUACAAAACCGUUGCCGAAUUUUGGAAAAUUUAGAGCAGGAUCACAAGGUAGCGUCUCGCAGUAAUAGUAAUAGUAUCAAACCAUCUGGAGGUAAAUGGAAGCCGAAUGUAUUGGUGAGCUCCAAUCGCGAUUAUGAUAAUAAAGGAAAAUUUUCGUGUUUUGAUUGUUCGGGUGGGCAUUAUAUCAACGAAUGUCGCAAUUUUUUGUCGAAAUCCCCAACCCAGCGGUUUCAGCGUGUGAAGGAGCUUAAGCUGUGGGUUAAUUGCUUUAGCAAUCGGCAUGUGGUCGUAGCUUGCAAAAGUAGCUUGUGCAAAGAAUGUGGUCUGCGCCAUAACACUCUGCUACAUUUCGAUUCGAAACCAGCAGACGCGAGUACAGAAGUGAAAUCUAAUUCCGAAGCAAAUAAAGUAGCUAGAGCAGAUUCUGCCCGUGUCGAGCUGUGUACUUUGAUUCAACCAGUCGUAUUGGGUGAAAAAACAAACCCCGUCUCGAUGGAUUCGCCCGGACCAGAGGCGUUUCGUUUUCCGAGCGAAGGGUUAUUCAAUGCAGAGUCGAAGAAAGUCCAAUUGAUCUCGGCUAAUGAUCAAGCCUUGUUACAUACUGCGCUGGUACUUGUGCGCAGUGCCAGUGGCGAACUGCAAGAAUGUCGAGCGGUCCUUGACUCGUGUGCAAUGUCGACGUUUAUGACAACUGCGUGUGCGAAGAGAUUACGGCUGAAGACCCUUUCGUCAGAUGUGUCCGUUGUCGGAUUUGGCGGAGCAGGAAAAAAGCUCACGGAAUCGGUUGUAGCUCACGUCAGUUCAAAGUCGUCCUACUUUGAAGCGUCGGCUGAGUUUUUAGUUACCCCAAGAAUUACGAACAAGUUACCCUUGCAUUCGUUCAGCAUUGCAAAUUGGAAUAUUCCCGAUUGGAUCGACCUUGCAGAUCCGCAGCUCAAUAAAACGGCAAAAAUCGAUAUUCUCUUUGGAAUCGUUGAAUGGGACAAGAUGAUGUUAAGCAAGAGCUAUAUUUUGUCGAAAGAACUUCCCACUUUUCGACAAACAGUUUUUGGCUGGGUUGCCGGUGGUCAUGUAAAGGAACGAGAUCGUUACCCGAAGGUACAAGCGCUUGCGGUGACGAACGAAGAGCUGGAUAGUCAAAUCUCGAAAUUUUGGUGUAUCGAAAAUUAUGGUUCCGAAAGUCAAUGGUCAGUUGAAGAGCAAGCCGCUGAAGAUCAUUUUGUAUCGACUCAUAGCCGUGAUCCUUCUGGCCGAUAUAUCGUAGCACUACCAUUCAAAGACGAAGAAAGGGCGUUGGGAGAUUCUAGUCAUAUGGCUCAUCGCAGAUUUCGUCUGCUGGAGGCAAGACUUGCCAAGGAUGCCAAGCUUAAUGCCGAUUAUAAGCAGUUCAUGCAAGAGUUUAUCGAUCUAGAGCAUAUGGAAAAGGUUGGUGUAUUUAAUCCAGUAGAGCCGCAAUCGCAGUUGCAAUAUUUCAUGCCACAUCAUGCAAUCAAACGACCCGAUAGCAGUACAACAAAGUUGAGGGUGGUGUUUGAUGCCUCGGCCAGAACUAGCAAUGCAACAUCGCUGAACGAUCAACUAAUGCUGGGACCAACAUUGCAACCUCGGCUUAUCGAACUUAUAAAGCCGCGAUUACAUCGGAUGUUUCGAAAAUGUUUCGACAAAUUCUUGUACGAAAGGAAGAUCGUCGGUUCCAGUAAAUUCUGUGGAGGUCCAGUCCCGAGGAGGAAAUCGGUGUUUAUCAGCUAA